AUGGUGUCCAAAGCGGAACAACAAGUAAGGAGUAUACCUGAUCUCUUCAGUCAUCUUGAGCCGAUUACUGACUUAUCGGUCUCGAUUCAGAUCAUCCGUGACCUUCAAGCGAACUGGAUUUGGGUCCCGAACUGGGUGGAUUCUUCAGAAAAUAACACAGCCGGAAGAGUCGUCCACUUCUUUCGUAUUUUCAGUUUAAUCUCAAAGCCGACGCGAUCGAUGUUGCAUUUUUCGGCCGACACACGUUAUAAGCUUUACAUCGACGGGAAGCAUGUGGCUGUCAGUCCAAGCAGAAGUGGCCUAUUAAUCUGCUACUAUGAAACUCUAGAUAUUGCGCCGUAUCUGAAAGCGGGACAUAAUGAGAUACGUUUCGUCGUGGUUCGCUACUUUGCGGCAUCGCGGAGUGCGAUGGCCUUCGAGCGAACGGCUCUUCCUGGAUUGACGGUCAUUGGGCACAUCGAGACGAGUUCAGAAGUUAUUGACCUCAGUUGCUUGACAGCCUGGGAAUCAUAUGUAGACAACAGUAUUCAAUUUCCAUUGGGAUUGGCCGACGAUGUGUUUCUCCACAUCAGUGAGCGCAUAUCCCCAACGAAGCCUGAACUACCUUUGAAGUCACUUGCAUACAAUAUUAAAACACUCAACGGGGACAUUCCGCCUUGGAACUUACACCCGCGGUCGAUACCAGUGCCUGAGUCAACGCCAGCUGUUCUCAACAAUGUUAGAACUUGCAAAGGUGCCAUUGACGCGGACAGUUGGACCGCUUUUUUUACUGAACAUCAAGCCCUGCCACUUUCAUCAAGCUCCACUUAUACAAUUGAGGUUCAAGCGGAUGUCCACUCAACCGCAUUUCUGCGGUGGUCUUUCAAGGCUGUUAAAAGCCAUUCUCAACUCACCAUGCGGCCUCGCUCAUAUCCAUUCUUCCGGUCCAAGGCGGAUCGAUUAGAUGCAAGUGUCGGUCAUAUUGUUGGCCCUUACGAUGAGCUGACGCUCGAUCUCCCGGGCUCAGAAGUCGUUAUCUAUGAGCCAUUCUGGUUCCGUACUUUCCGUCUCUUGCGCAUCGAAAUCAUAUUACGCUACUAUCAUUUGAUGCUACCCAAGUUAAUUACCCAAUGGCUUUGGAAGGAGCCCGGAGAUGCGCACAGUAAACAAAUCUGGGACGUAUCAAUCCGGACUAUGCGCACUUGUAUGUUUGAUGGGUAUUCUGACUGCCCUUUCUAUGAACAGCUACAAUACCCUGGAGACAGUCGCUCUGUCUGCUUAUUCCACUACCUCUUGUCCGGUGACGACCAGCUCAUGCGACAAGCCAUUACAAACUUCGCGGCUUCAGUCACACCAGAGGGACUUACACAGUCUCAAUUCCCCUCGCAUGUGCCGCAAGUGAUUGCUGGGUUCUCUCUAUUUUGGAUCUUACAAGUCUGCGACCAACACCUAUUUUUCGGUGACACACGGUUUGCACGAGGCCUCAUUCCGCGCAUAGACGGUGUACUUGAAUUUUUUCAUGCGCAUGUUGACCACUUUGGCUUAAUCAGCGGACUACCAGAGGCUGUUUGGCAAUAUGUUGACUGGGUAACAACCUGGGGAGCGACCAAUGAGCAUCCAGACAAAGGUGUCCCAACUUCCGGACGAAAAUCAAACAGACACACCUACUUUAGUAUGCUUUAUGCAUGGGUUCUACAGAAGGUUGCCAGGCUCGUGCGCGAUGUUGGCAGACCGGGCCAUGCAUUCGAGUACGAAGCACGUGCAACUUCGCUUCUAGAAGCCGAUGGACAGUAUUUUACUGACUCAACUGCCAAUGUCGCUGAUGAGCUAUCAUAUUCUCAAUACUGCCAGGUUUUUGCUGUUAUCUCAGGAGCAGCACAUUCUGAGGAUCAUGAACGUAUUCUAGCAGAAUCAUUCUCAAACGAUCGCUUCUCAAAGUGCUCGUACAUGAUGUGUUUUUAUGCAUUCAGGGCACUUGCCUUGGCUGGUGAUGAAUUUUACGAACAAUUCUGGGUUCGUAUGUGGGAACCAUGGCGCAAGAUGUUGGCUCAUAACCUUUCGACUUGGGAGGAGGACGAUGUCAGGCAACGCUCAGACUGUCAUGCUUGGGGAAGUGUGCCAAUCUACGAAUAUUGCACUGAGCUAGCCGGUAUUCAGCCAGUGGCGUCGGGCUCGUCCAAGAUUUUGUUCAAGCCGCGGCUUGGGCUCACUGGGGCUUUAGAAGCAAAGGUAGCACUUGGCAAGGACAACAUGGCCAAAGUCUCAUGGAAGUGUGUCUCUGGUAAGAUAAAAGUUGUGGAGCUCACGCUCGAAAAGCCUAUUGAGGUUGUAAGCCGAUUACCCGGAAAAAAUUAUGAGGAGCAUGGUGUGGUGAACUUCAUUAGACUAAGCUAUGGGGUUUAA